AUGCUCAUACCUCAAAAGGAUAUUAUAAAAGUGGCAAUAAAGACAAAAGCAAUGAAUAUUAUUAAAGUGCCAAUAAAGACAAAAGCAAUGAAUAUUAUUAAAGUGUCAAUAAAGACAAAAGCAAUGAAUAUUAUUAAAGUGGCAAUAAAGACAAAAGCAAUGAAUAUUAUUAAAGUGGCAAUAAAGACAAAAGCAAUGAAUAUUAUUAAAGUGGCAAAUAAGACAAAAGCAAUGAAUAUUAUUAAAGUGGCAAAUAAGACAAAAGCAAUGAAUAUUAUUAAAGUGACAAUAAAGACAAAAGCAAUGAAUAUUAUUAAAGUGGCAAUAAAGACAAAAGCAAUGAAUAUUAUUAAAGUGGCAAAUAAGACAAAAGCAAUGAAUAUUAUUAAAGUGGCAAUAAAGACAAAAGCAAUGAAUAUUAUUAAAGUGGCAAUAAAGACAAAAGCAAUGAAUAUUAUUAAAAUGGCAAUAAAGACCAAAGCAAUGAAUAUUAUUAAAGUGCCAAUAAAGACAAAAGCAAUGAAUAUUGUUAAAGUGGCAAUAAACAUUAGACAAUAUAUUAUGUUGAAAAAAGGUGCUUACAGUAUACAGCAAAAAAAAUCACACAGAUGUCAAGAAGUCAAAAAAGAGAAAACCAUUUUGCAAAGCAAAAAUGUUCACUCAAGGGAGGUGUUCACUCGUGAAAGGUGUUCUUCACUAACAAAGGUUUUACUGUGAUAUGUUCGCAAUACAGUAUGAAUGUUCACCAUGUUAAUAUUGUAUUAUACAAAUACCACAAUGUUUAUUGUUUAUGUUAUUAUGUUACCACCAGAAGUUAUGACAUAUUUUUAUAGUAUUCAACUGUUUUUGGACAGUGUUCCACAUUGGGCAGUUCGUGUUCAGCAGUUGUUUGGCAUCUGUAACAAUUGGUAGGUGGUGACAUUUUGCAUGUUAAUGUGGUGUAUUAGGUUGCCAUAAAUGUAUUAUUAUUUUGCCAUGUACAGUAUAUAAAGUUUUAUCAAAAUGUUUAGUUUUCAUCUUAACUGAUAUAAUUAUGCAGUGUUAUAGGAUAGCCAACUGUGUUACCAUACUGUAUGCUGUUACCAUACUGUAUGAUGUUACCAUACUGUAUGCUGUUACCAUACUGUAUGAUGUUACCAUACUGUAUAAUGUUACCAUACUGUAUGCUGUUACCAUACUGUAAGCUGUUACCAUCAUGUACAGGGUUACCACCAUAUAUAUUGUUACCACAAUCUGUAGUGGUACCACUAUAAUAUUGAUAUGUAUAGCAGGGGUUGCACUAGAAUUUCUCACAACAGGCUAAAUAAAUGAAAACAUAAGGCAAAGUUAAUGAUAUCAUGAAUUUAACAUGAAAAGUUAAAGCCCCUAAAAACUACAGGCGAUUUUGUGAGAACAACCGGUGAAAAUCACCUGUUGCCUGCUGCUAAUGAAACCCCUGGUAUAGCAUGUUACCACUUUGAAAGUUUUCUUAUGCACAUUGUAUUGUGCUUCUAUCAUGUUUUGUUGUUACCACUAUGUAUACUGUCACAGCAUCAUGUAAUGUUACCACUAUGAAUAUUGAUGCUAUUAUCAUGUGUAGUAAAAUCACUACUAGUAUGUACAUUGAGUCAUUGAUACGUAUUGUUAACAAUUUGUAUGUUGCUAACCCAUAUGUAAUAUUGUUACCACCAUACGUAGCAAUACAAAACAUGAUUGUAGUUAUGGACAGACAGUGUCCAUAAAGGUUUUUUACACAGACUUUGUAUUAAAAUUGUAAAGACACUUUAUUGAUACCCUGUAUACAUGUACAGGGUGUUCAGGAAAUAA